AUGGGCCGCCGAUAUCCCCCGGCCUCGAUGCUGCUCGCCCUUUUGCUCUCUCAGACAAUCACGUUCGUGGUGUCACAGUCGGUUGUCUACGUGACAGACUUGACCAUCUUCAACUCUCUUGCACCAUGCGCAUCAUGGGCUGUGAGCUACAACAUCCAGGGUCUAACGCGAAACGCCUGCCCCCAAGCCGUGACAGAGCUUCAAUCGUGUGUUUGCAGCAAGAACAACAACUUCGCCUCUAUAGCGUCGGAUAUAUCCUCUAGUGUCAGGUUAACAUGCGGAUCAACAGCGACCGAGGACCAGUCCUCUGCGGCGACUGUCCUGAGUGCCUACUGCAACCAGGCAACACCUGUUUCGUUCCCUUCUCCAACUGCCGUGUCUGUGGCAAUCACUGAUAUCGCUGAGAUGGAUCUUUUGGCCCCAUGCGCAAGGACGGCCUUGAGCUAUGCUGUUCGAGACCUGAGAGGGAAAUGCCCAACAGAUAACGCAGGCUAUGCGAGUUGCGCGUGCUUCAAGAACCAGAACUCACUCUUGGUGAGCCAGGAAAUCAACACCUCAGUCAGGCGAGCGUGCUCCUCCAACGCGGCCGAUGUGUCGUCUGCCCAGGCCAUGUUUGCUGGCUACUGCGGCCUGAACAACGGAACCUCGAACUUCCCCAAGCCGACAGACCCGCCUGGUGCUAUGACAUAUUAUGUCACCGACUUGCCGCAAUUCCAGACGCUCGCUCCCUGUGCCGCCUCAGGACUAAGCUAUGCUCUCCAAGGGCAAACGCGAGGGCUGUGUCCUGCUGGCCCCAAAGCAUUGGCCUCGUGCGCUUGCUUAAAGGAGGGGAUGACACUGGAGCUCUCAAGGGAGAUUACUUCAAGCGUGAAGGCAUAUUGCAGGUCGACAGCAACGGAGGAUGUUAGCUCUGCUAUCUCGGUUUACAACUACUAUUGCAGUGCUGCCGAGAACAAAGUGACGGCCGCCGGGGUCACGAAUUCGGUUGACCAAACAUAUGCAACUGGGGUUUCUGGCGGCGUCCCCAGAGCAACAGGUGGCCCGGGUAGCUCAGGAGGCGGGAGUAGUGGUGGCGAUUCAAACACAGAUAACAACUCCUCCAGGACUAAUCUCGGCAUGAUCAUCGGCAUUGCGGCAGGUGCCAUCGGAGGCAUAGUUCUCCUGGGUGCUCUGAUCUGGCGUCUCUGCAAGUCCUCCCGGAACCGUCGAGAACAAGAGCGUUUGGCCGCGCUGGCUGCUCCACCACCCCAACCGUCGGUCGAACCCAAGCUUGCUCCCCCAACAUACCGGCCUUUUGCGAGUCCCAUUGCCGCCGUCAACAAGCCAACAUUUGCGUCUGACGUCGUUGCUGCUCCUCCGCCGGUGGACUCACCAGCUCCGAGCUCGACACUGCGAGUAAAUUCGCCUGGAAGAACAGACAACGUAUCACCAAUCUCGACCACAGGGCCAUACUCACCCCCGCAGAACCAAUCUGCGGUCCACAGCGCGCUCUUCCCGCCAACGCCAGGCACCUCAGAACUUCACGCUCAAACACCGAGCCCCUACAAUUCAACUUCACCACCAAACGCACCCGAACUCCACGGCCAAGCAGCUGCUUCCUCUCUCUACCCACCCAUGCCGGGCACAUCCGAGCUUCAAUCGCAGAACACUCAACCAGUUCUCGCUCCGCCAAACCCAUAUCACUCCCCAGCACAGCCAAGAGCCCCAGAACUGUACGGCCAGGGAGCCCCCCAAGCCAACAGACCAGAACUCCAAGGGCAAGGAGCCAUGGUGCCACCUCCACCACAUGCUCCGGAACUGUAUGGUCAAGGAGCACCGAUGGCCAAUAGACCUGAGCUUGCAGGCCAAGGGGCGAUGUACCCGGGGCAACCUCACUCACAGAACAUGUCGGAGCUUCAGGGGCAGGGGUCACAUUUGCAUAAUGUGAAUAUGAACAGGCCGGAGCUCCAGGGUCAGGGGAUGAUGUUUGCUCCUCCUGCGGCGCCGGGGACGCAGGAGCUGCAUGGGCAGGGGGGACAAUAUGGGCAGCCUCAAGGGCAGCAAGGAGGAGGGUUCCAGCCGUAUCAGACUGGGUACGUGCCGCCACAGUCACAGCAACCGCCAGCGCCGACUGGGCAGGCGUCGUGGCAGGCGGGCCCUGUGCCGGGGACGUAUGAGAUGGAUGGGGAGGCUUAUCAUCGGGGGAGGUGA